AUGUUUGGAGUCGAAGGUGGAAUUGCCCUGGCCAAGACUUUGUCAGUGUUGACUCAUUUAACUGAGAUCUAUAUGAGUUACCUGAACUUGGAGGAUGAGGGAACAGAAGCAAUUGCCGAAGCUCUACUUAAGUCUGCCACUUCUCUUGAAGUUCUAGAAUUGGCUGGAAACGAUAUUACUGUCAAUUCCACUGGAAAGUUGGCAGCUUGCAUCGCCUCAAAACAGUCUCUUUCAAAGCUGAAUUUAUCUGAGAAUGAACUCAAAGACGAAGGGUCUAUCUUAAUCGCAAAGGCAGUAGAAGGUCAUGAUCAGUUGCUUGAAGUUGACCUGAGCACCAACAUGAUCAGAAGAGCUGGGGCAAGAGCCUUGGCACAAACUGUUGUGAAGAAACACACUUUCAAGCUUCUGAACAUUAAUGGAAACUAUAUAUCUGAUGAAGGUAUUGACGAGGUAAAUGAUAUGUUUAAGGACUGUCCGGACAAGCUUGGUCCUUUGGACGACAAUGACCCUGAAGGAGAAGAUUUUGAAGAUGAAAGCGAAGAAGACAACGGACUGGAAUCGAAACUCGGAGGUCUGAAAAUUAAGCAAGAGGAGGAAUAG